AUGCGACUUGGUGUAUUUUGUUUGGUGUGGAUGCAAGGUUUCUUUAUUCUGCUUUUGCUCUGCCUCUCUGUCGACUCCGGUGCUGCAUCGCAGGCAACCCCGUCGUCCUUCUUCGGCACUCUGUCCCCCGUGGUGGUGUCGGAGGUGCAGAGGAUCUUCGUGGUGCGGGACGGGAGCACGGUGCAGAGCUCCGUCGACCCGGUGGUGCUCUCCGCGGUGUACGGGGAGCUGCUGUCGAUUUCCGGGAACUUCUCCUCCUUGGGCAGUUUGGAGGACAUCCGCAACGCGAGUCUCUUCCAUGACGGGGAGUUGGUGAGGCUGGUACUCCUGGCAGUCAUGGGGAACUUCCACUCGCAGACGCUGCACGACGCCGACUUCUACAACGACGUGCAGGUGGUGUACGACCCGGUGAGCAGGAGGUUCGUGACGCGGCAGAACAUGCGGGAGGUGGAGCUCGUCGUGUUCCAGGUCCUGCUGGUGAUAUCGGUGUCUGGGGUGCUGAUGGUAUUCCUUCUGGGCAAUCAUUCUCCCAGCCAUUCUCCCAAGACCGACGUGAAGGCGGAAGACAAGAAGACCACGAACGCGUCGUUACACAUAGGUCAGAAUCUCCACGCCAACCGCCUGGCGAUGCCCGCCUGGACCCUAGGCGGGGGACGGGCCCUGGGGAGGCCUGCAGUGUGA